AUGGGUCAGACACAGCUGAAGGUGGCGCCUCAGGGCCAUGAGAACCAUGAGGGCCAGUUUGGGUUCCACAGUGAGCCUGCUCUCCGGCGGGAGAGGUCUUCUUUCAAUGUGCUUCCUUACGCUGCUCAAGAACACCAGGGCCACGGCCUGCUUCACGACCACAGCGGCCGUGGUGGCCUCUUUUUGCUGCCUGUGGUGACAAACGAUUCGCUGUUUUCACGGGAAACGGCUAUGCUGCUGAUGCUGGCUUCUUCUGUGACGAAAAACUUUACCUUGGUGGACCCAGAUGUGCUUGACGAGACAAAGUCGGAGUCCUUCUCACCUUUGCUUUCGCUUCCAAUGGAGAUCUUGUACCAGAUCGUGGAGAUUGUGUAUUAUGACGAAACCACGUCGUCCAUUCCGGCGAACCUUGAAAAGUUCCUGAAAACUAUCCCAGUGCUUCUGAAAACAUUCAACCAGUUGGCCAUGCGUUUCUUAUACAAGUACGCCAUUUUCACUCGUCCACAUUCUUUCGAUAAGUUCCUUCAGAAUAUUUUGAACCAGCCAGAUUUGGGUAUCUACGUGGAGUUUUUGGAUUUCCAAACUUUCACGUCUAUUGGGCUCGGCAGAACUGGAAGAAUGAACCAGGAAAUCCAAAUGGUCACUUCACAGACGAUUGAGUUGGCCCUUCGCAUGUGUCCCAAUUUGAUUGAAUUCAUGGCAUCUGAAAAUAUUCAGGACGAUAUGGAUGUGACGGUGUUGCUGAUGCUCUUCAACCAUCUCCCAAAGAUCCAAGCUUUGGACUUUUGCGGUGCUUCGCUGAGAGCUUUGGCUAUGGCAUUUAACGAGCUUGAGAUCGAGGACGCUGACAUGUCCGAAUCUGACUUGAUGACUGACAGUGCGCUGACGAUCUCUUUGAAGAAAGGCUCUUUAAGCAACCUUUUCAAAAUCUCCUUCCAUGACUGCUCCAACUUGGCACCUUCAGUCUUUGAAAAGCUCUUGCCUCACUUUACGCAUCUACGCCGUCUUGACCUCAACCACACAUCUAUCACAUCUAGCAUUUUACACUCGCAUCUUCCACAUUCAUGUCGCCUUACGCACCUUUCACUUGCACGGUGCUCUAAGCUCACCACCAAGGACUUGAUCAGUUUCUUGGUGAACCAUCCUGCAGUGUCCAUGGACUCACUUGAGUGGCUUAAUCUCCAGAUCGACUCAAACGUUGUUUCACCACUCUCGGACGUUUACCUUUUGUACGUCCUUAAUUACCUUAAGGCUCCUGACUUGAAGUACCUCAAUUUGGGUGGCCUCCCAGUCAAUUCUCGCAUUCUCAAGCUCAUCAAGAACAAAUUCGUAAAGUUGGAGAGCUUGACCAUUUCUCAUUCCUCAGUUGACAUAUCUGACUUGGAGGACCUCAUGCAUGAAAAUGAAACUAUCAAGUUCCUUGAUCUCACGUCGGUCAAAUGUUUGGAUCGCUGGAAGCUCACGAACUUCCUCAAGACGUGUUAUGGUACCAAUCUUGAGGCCAUUGAGUUCGAUUAUAAAACACUUUAUGACGUCACAGGUGGUAACUUCGUCAGGGUCGACGCAGUACAAACUAAUUUCAGCAUUCUGGGAGACCCUCAGUUACCACAAGUAUGGAAGUUUUACGAUAACGAAGGCCGCAGAGCCUGGAUCUACAAGAUUGAUGCCACCGACCCUCUGUACGAUUCGAUCAUCUCAGGAAACAAACUGAACCAGAGCUUUGCAUCUAACUUGGUGUAUUACGAUUUGGAAACCGGUGCCAAGAUUGAAACGAAGCUGGUUAAGCCAUCUUUCCUCAAGUACGCCUCGAGAAAGGUCAAUUGCUCCAUUGGCUACUACAACCUUAACAACACCAAGAAGAAGAAGUAUCUCAAGGGAGACUUGCGUGAACUGGUCUGGCCAGUGGAAUUCAGUCAAAGAGGUAUCUACAAUUACUACUCAUUGAAUGUGAAGUAA